AUGAUUUCCUCCCUCUCCGUGAUAUCCCGAGCCUCGCCCAAUCCUGUUAUAUGCAGCCCGCCUCGGUCCGCCGUUCUUGCUCUUCCAAGCUCAUUGACCAGACCCAAACUAUCUCGCCUCUCUCCUCCGCAUCCGCACCCGCACCCGCAAGUCACCACCACUACUCGAGCCACUCAAGUUGCUCCAGUCACAACUUCUCACAUCCACUGCCGCUACCACCAUUACAAACACUAUAACCACUACCACCACCACUACUCCUCCCGCUACCCACACGCCUACAUGUCAUCACCAUCAUCAACCGCCUCCACUCACCACACUAAUUCUCACUCUUGCUCUCCCUCGCGCUCACACCAUUACUCACAUUCUUCCCGCUCUUCAAUGGCCUCUCCUCCGCCAUCUUCUCUCCCCCAUAGCCCUCACUCCUCGGCUGUUCCAACGCCGACUUCUUCAACCCGCUCUAUAUCACCACCCUCCUCCGUCUCGAGCGCUGCAUCCCUCCUCGCAUCCAGGAAACGAGUCUCACUUUCCGAGAGACACUCCUCCAGCCCCCUCUCCUUCGUCGACACCGCUGCCAUCGACGCACAAAUGAAGCUGGCAUCUUUAGAUCACCUUGCUGGCUAUUCAACAAAGGCAUAUCCGGCUCCCGUCACCCAAACCGCCACCACAGAAUAUACUCCCAAAGAUAUGGCGAAGGGAUACCAGGUCCUCCGCGAGCCGGCGUGGAACAAGAGCACGUCGUUUACUCCCGAAGAGCGUGUGACAAAGAACCUCACCGGUCUCAUCCCCCACGUCAUGGAGAACAUGGACACCCAGGUGAUGCGUGCCAUGAAGAUGAUCAACUCGAGAUCAACACCCAUCGACAAAUACCUAUACCUGUCGACCCUCAAGUCGAGUAACAUCGACCUCUUCUACCGCGUUCUCAUCGACAACGUUGAGCAGCUCAUGCCCCUCGUCUACACACCCACGAUCGGCGACGUGUGCCUCCAAUACUCGACUCUGUACACGAGACCCGAGGCCCUAUACAUUUCCAUCAAGCAGAGGAAUUCCAUCCGCACAAUCCUCAAGAAUUGGCCGUAUCCCAAUCCGUCGAUUUGCGUGGUGACUGAUGGUUCCCGCAUCCUCGGUCUUGGCGACCUCGGCGUAAACGGCGUUGGCAUUCCGAUCGGAAAGCUCGCGUUGUACACUGCUGCGGCCGGUAUCCACCCCGAGAAGACUCUCCCAAUCGUCCUCGACUAUGGCACCAACAACGAGCAGAACCUCAAGGACCCGCUAUACCUUGGCCUCCGCCAGAAACGCGUGUCCGUCAACGAGGCACGUGAGUUCAUGGAUGAGUUCAUGGAGGCCGUGACCGAUGUGUACCCGGACAUGGUCGUCCAGUUCGAGGACUUCGAGACCGAGAAGGCCUUUGCCUACCUUGAGAGGUAUAAGCACAAGAAGGUCUUCAACGAUGACAUCCAGGGUACCGGAGCCGUCAUCCUUGCUGGCUACAUCGGCGCCGUCAACCUCUCCAACGUCCCCAUCAAGGACCAGAAGCUCGUCUUCAUGGGCGCCGGCAGCGCCGGCGUCGGAGUCGCCAAGCAGCUCCUAGAGUACUACACCCGCCGCGGCCUCACCGACGCCGAAGCCAAAGAGAAGUUCUAUCUCGUCGACACCAAGGGCCUCGUGACCAAGGACCGCGGCGACCGCCUCGCCGAGCACAAGAAGUUCUUCGCCCGCCACGACAACGCGGGUCACCAGUUCAAGACCCUCGAGGAGGUCAUCGAGUACGUCAAGCCCACCGCCCUCGUCGGCCUCACCGCCACCUACGGCGUCUUCACCCAGUCCGUCGUCCGCGCCCUCAAGGCCUCCGUCGACGCCUCCGGCGCCGGCCGCCGCCCGAUCCUCUUCCCCCUCUCCAACCCGCUCACGAAGGCUGAGUGCACCUUCGAGCAGGCCGUCACCUGGACCGACGGCACCGUUUUGUUCGCCUCCGGGUCGCCAUUCUCGGCAUUCGAGACCAAGAUCGGAGACAUCACCACCAUCCACUACCCGAACCAGGGUAACAACGUGUACAUCUUCCCCGGCCUCGGCCUCGGCGCCAUCCUGGGUAAGGUCUCGCGUGUUACCGACGACAUGGUGUAUACCUCCGCCGCUGCGCUCUCGGGCUGCCUCAACAGCGAGGAGAUCGCAAAGGGACUCAUCUACCCGCAUAUCAGCCGCGUGCGCGACGCGUCGGCGAUCGUGGCGAGGGAGGUGAUGAAGUGUGCGCGUCGUGAUGGCGUGAGUGAGUUGCCGGAGGAGACGUGGUUGGAGUGGGAGGAGUGGGGGGAUGUGGCGCUGACGGCGUGGAUUAAGGCGCAGGUGUAUGAUCCUGCUCCUGCGGCGGGGAGGUUGGGGAAGUUGUAGAUGUGUGGUGUAGUUGAUUUGAGGUUGACGUUUCUUUUCUGUUUUGUUUUCUUCUGUGGAUGAGGUGGUGGAUGAGUUUGUGGUUCCUCGUGCUGUUUGUUGUUAUUGAUGAUGAUGAAACACCGAGGAACAAAGAACAAACUGUCAGCCAGCCAGUCAGUCAGUUAGUGAACUUGUGGGUAAAGAGCGGGCGGGAACUAUGCAUUCAAAUCGGCGGUGGGGAAAAAUUGGAAACGGUGGGGGGAACACUAGGAAGGGAACGAAAUGAGAGAGAGAAUUGAUACCACAUUUUCUAUAUUUUUCGCUGAGCGGGAUGGAUGGAGCGGAGAUGAUGGGGAAUGCUUCUUUUCCUCCUAUAGGAAGACGUGUUUCUUUGCUAUAUUUGCGUCUUUUUCGAUUUUUAAAUCUGUUGUUUUCCUUUGAGUCGCUUUUUUAGCUAGAUAUGUGUGUUAGAUGGGUGGUGGGUGUGUUGCACUCACAGUUAGGUAGUUUCCAAUCUGAAUGCUGAUGAGGAUGGAAU